GAAAAAGCUAAAAUGUACAGCAAAUACGGCGAUUUUCACACAAUAGAUUGGCCUCGAGAUUUGGCUAGAGACCGUUUACGACACAAAUGUAUUCGUGCUUAUCGAAGAAAAGACUUCCCUUUUGGUUCAAUUUUAACAAUUUGGGAUGCUGGGAGCGGGUGGAUUUGUGUUUUGUUGGUUGGAAUGGCUGCUGGGGCAAUUGCUGGGGUUAUUGAUAUUGGGGCUAGAUGGAUGAGUGAUUUGAAGGAUGGAAUUUGUGCAGAUAGAUUUUGGUUGGAUAGAGAACAUUGCUGUUGGGCUGCGAAUGAUAGCGCUUUCAAGGACAACGACUGUCUUAAUUGGCGUUCCUGGCCUGAAGUUUUCCUUUCUAGUGAUCGUGGACAUCGCGACUGGCUUUACCAUUCACUAGAUUUUAUUUUCUUUGUUUCAUGGGCAGUUGCCCUCGCUGGAUUAGCUGUAACUUUGGUUAAAACAUUUGCCCCAUAUGCUUGUGGAUCUGGUAUACCAGAAAUUAAAUGUAUACUUUCUGGAUUUAUAAUACGUGGCUAUUUGGGCAAGUGGACGUUUAUAAUUAAAUCUGUCGGGUUAAUUUUGGCUUCUGCUUCAGGCCUAAGCCUUGGCAAAGAAGGUCCAAUGGUUCAUUUAGCCUGUUGUAUAGGCAAUAUAUUUUCCUACCUCUUCCCAAAAUAUGGAAGAAAUGAAGCCAAAAAACGUGAAAUAUUGAGUGCUUCUGCAGCUGCCGGUGUUUCUGUUGCUUUUGGUGCUCCAAUUGGUGGGGUUAUGUUCAGUCUUGAAGAAGCAAGUUAUUAUUUUCCUUUAAAAACUAUGUGGCGCUCCUUCUUUUGUGCUCUUGUUGCUGGAGUUGUUUUACGUUUUGUUAAUCCGUUUGGAAGUGAUCAGGUUUUUAUUUUUUUCUUUUUUAUUUGUUUAUAGUUUAGGGAUGUCAUGGGUUGAGAAAAAUAUUUGAUUUCGUGUAGAGUUAUUUAGGGGGAUUCGAGCCUGAAAGUUAGGAUUUCAGAUAUCCCGUAACGCGCCCGAUAAAUGGGAAAUUUUGAAAUUUCUAUUUCCUUUUUGUCCGUUUCGGUCUGAUUUCGGGUCGGGUUGUUUAGGGAAUUCAGGGAAAAUCGGUUUUCUGGCUUAAAAAGUCAGGAUUAGUUGGCAAGGGCUUGGUCAUGAGGGGCUGAAGGGUUUAUACCUCCUGAAAUGAGGAAAAUGAAAGAAUUUUGGGAGGGAAAUGAAACUCCGAAAGUUUGGCGCAUAUCCCAAAAAUUAGUCUCCCUAAAAUCGACUCCUUGGCUACGCCUUGCUAGUUGGGGAAAUUCUGAAAUUUUUAUUUCUUUUUUGUCCAUGUCGGGGAUAUUUUUGUCUAUUUUUAAAAAAAUCUUUGGACUUCUCUGUUUUUUUUUGCUUCUAAAC